CUAGCGGAAGAAUUGGUGAAGGGCCGGGUCAGUGACAGGGGUCCGAGGCCGGGAGGGGCACCCCCAGAAUGAGCUGUGGGGCGCCUUCCGCCUACCCUUUGCCAGCAGAAGGCCCCACUGAGGUUGGCAUCCUUCCAGAGGCCACAACCCAGGAAUCAAAUUCGAAUUGGGAAUCCAUAGUCUGUCCCCCACCCUCUCUCCUGCCGAGGCACCACGUGGGCUAGAGUUGGUGGGCAAAGGGGGAGUAAUCCAAAUCCGGGUGAGGGCGCGGAGCCUUCCCCCGCUCCACCUCAGGAGUCAUUCUCUGCCAAGCUGGUGCUUCAGUGUCUUGACUUAGGAAAUCCCAUUGUUUUGGAACUUUAGGAUGGUUUUCAAGUGUGGGACAGAGGCUCCAGGAGGUGGAUUCUGGUUAUGCUGCCCUGUCCACCCCAGUUCCAGGCCUGGGUAGGGCUCCCUUCAGGCACCCAGGCCCUUAGGAAUAGCAGUUCCCUGAGGGCAUACUCCCAUAGUUUGGGUGCCAUUCAUGUUUUCUAGUGCGCAGCAAGUCUGGAAAGCCUGCAGGUGGCUAGUUAACCCCACUAGGACGCUGAGGGUUUGAUCAAGAACAAAAUCAGUAUCAAGGUGCAAUAGGACAGUUUCCUGGCUUAGGAUCCUUUCUCCAAGUGCAGGGCCUUGCUCCCUUGUGGGGCAGUGACAAGGUACUGGGCAGUCCUCCAGCCAGGAGGUGCUGCUUGCCCAGGCCAGUCACCUUUGGGAUGAAUGCCUCACUGCCCCACAGCAGGAGAGCCUCCAUGGACCUGCGCAGCAACUCCAAGUUGAGGCCCAGCCCUGAGCAUUGGGGACUUAACGUGCCUGGAGUUGGUGUCCCUUGAUCAGAGCCGGCACCUUUGUCUUGGCUAAAGUGAAGAGCCAGCUCUGCCCUUCCUGCACUGCCCACCCUUUGGGAGAAGCCCAGUUCAUUGCAGCUGCCUGCAGAGAGGCGCUCUUCCAGCCCCAUGAACCCCAUUCCUGGGGGCCUAACCUCUGGACCCCUGGCCCUGCACCUGAGACCCCUUGUUCUGCCUCAGCCCCUGAGAUAGACAAGAACAUCCUAGAUAGAGGUGGUUUUUUAAAUUCCACAGAAUUGAAGUGAACCGUUUUUAAGGUGAAGGACUCUGGGGAAAAGGGUAACCGCCUGAGCCCAGCCCCUGGAGCGCUUUCCUUCUGAUGCUGGGAGUGAGGAACAGGCCUGCCUCUGAGCCAUAGGCAGUAAUAAGGUCCACCUUGUUCCUGUACAUGUGCUGGAGCCUGGGGUGGCUACAGGCUCCUUCCUUGGGCCCACUGCCAGUCACCUAGCCUGUGUGGCACACUGUGGCAUCAGUGUGAACUCCUGUUACGUAGGGGCAGGAAGCUUCAGGAGCCCAGCCCAGGCUUGUAGCAGAGGACAGAUCACACCUGCCCUCGGAUUAUGGGACCUUCUGAACAGCCCAGGCCCCAGGCUGCUUAGCCUAGUCCGUCAGCUCCUUCCGCUGACAUCUACCCCAACUCCUCCAUCUCUGGGGUGGUCCAGCAGUCUGGCUCCGGGGGUACACUCAGCCCCCAGUCAGCUCCCUGGGCAGUGAGGAUUUACUUCUAGAACAGUGGGGACAGUUGUGACCUUAGAAGAAUCAGCUCCAGGGAGUCUGGAGGAUGUGGCCCGUCUUUGGGGUGCUCCUAUUCCACGAAGGUCUUCUUCCAACUCUCCUCAGUCUCAUUCUGUCCUCAGUGAGGGGACUGGAGCCUCAGGUCCAUCUCUGUGCUGGGGGAGGGGGUAGCAUAGCCCAAGCUGGCCCUAUUCAGCCUGGCUUGCAGGCUAGGCCUCCCUCUUGGGUGUGAGCACCUGCUACGUAACAGGCUCCUGCCUGGGCCCUGGCCUUUGUCACAUCUCCUUGGCUCCCACAUUCCACCCCCCCAGUUCCCAGCACAGAGCCUCUUCCCCUGGCUCCAGGCUGCACGCUGUCCCACUUUUACUUAGCCUUUGCCUCUCGGGGCCCAUGCUGUACGUGGUUAUGAGAGCAGAGACGAGGGUCUCCAUGAGUGUCUCAUCCAACUCUCAUUUCACAGGUGAGGACACUGUCCUGGUCCCCUGGAUGUGCCCGUGCUGUGCCAGCCACCUUCCAGGGUCUGACUUCACAUUUCCCCUCCCCGUUGCCCCCAGCUAGGGCGUUCACUUGUGUCCUCGUAGGAGCAGGGGGUGGGCAGGGCAGGCUGGGCAUCUGCCAUGUUGGGGAGGAUGGAAGGGCUUGGGAGAGUGAAGCAUGGCUCACUGCCUCUGCAAAUUGGGCAGUUCCAGAGUCUCUGUAGCCAGCUGGGGCAUCGGAAAAGCAGUGGCUCCUUGGAAUCCAAGGGAAAGGGGGGCAUCUGUGAGUCAGCCCCCCCCCCGCAUUCUUGGCCCUGCAAGCCCAGGAGGGCAGUUAUUGCACCCCACUCUCCAGCCAUAUACUGUCCCCCAUCCCAGUCACCUCCCAGCCAGCUCCAUUUCCUCCAAAGCAUGGGCUCCACUGCCCGCCAAGCUGCCAGUCCCUUCUUCAAACUCCAGUGGCUGCCCCAAGACCCAUAGAGGUGCAGUCAAUCCUUCAAGACAGCUGUAGAAACUUAUUUUUAAAUAGCAUCUCCAACAGAGGUGUGGGUUGGAGAGGGUAGGGGCCCAGACCACCACCUGCUCUCUACUCUCGCUCCAGUGGCACCAUAUUAUUUGGCAGCCAAGACCGGGCUGUCUGCCCUGGUUUGCAGCCUUGCACCUCCCUUGCUGGUGCUGUUCCUUCUGCAUCGAAUGCCUGUCUCCACCUGCCCACUGCCAGUGCCACACCUCACCCUCCUAGAACACCUUCCUUGAGACCACCUGGCUUGGCAUCAGGGCUCCUCUGCUUUGGCCUAGGCCCAUGAGCCCCUCUUGCUGUGUCCUGUGUCCCCCAGCAGCCUCUAGGUGGGUGCAUCAGCUCUGCUCUUUGGGUCAGCAGCUUGUCCUUCCUGAGCCCAGCAGUGUGGGGUCUACCCCGGGCCUCCCACCUUGUCCCCUUCAGGCAUGCCUUCAUUAGAGGGAUAGCACUGCCCUUUCCCCCAGUGUGAGACUCCCCUGCCUGGGGCUUGCUUCCCCUGAGAGCCUGAUCUGAGGGACCCAGGAGCCAGGGACCUGCUCUGCUCUCCUGGCCUCGGGUUUUCCCUUCAGUGAAAUGGAGUCACCAAAUGUCUUUCCUACAUAUUCCCUAAACCACAGAGCUGACUGGACGUCUCAGUCUCAGGGGCACAAGUUAUGCAGGGGAGCUGAUGGACAAGUAGUGGCCUGUGCCUGCACUCAGGUCUCCAUAAAUCUUGAAACUCCUGGUGGGUGGGCAGGGGUCUUCUGGAGCCCCACCCAGAGCUGAGAGGUAUUGGAGAGGAUGCGGGUAGGGAAGGGACCCACCAAUCACGGGCACUGGUAGGUCAGACCACGGGGCCUACUGCCUCCAAAGCAGUGAUGAAAACGGUGCAGGGGAGGUCAGCUGAGCCUGAGGCUCGGAAUGCGUCCAGUGUUUCUGGAUCGUUGAUGUCUUCCUUGCCUUCCUGCCCCAUUUUGCACUAAGUGCUGCUCCCUUGUUUCCGUAAAGCUCUUGGCUGCCAUUCAGCCCCAUUUCCUAGCUGAGCAAAGCUGGAUCCCAGCCCUCUGGCCCUCCUGGGGAGAAUUCCACUACGGCCUUGGAUGGGGGCACAAAGCACACCCACCAGCCAUUUGCCCAGGUUCCCUCUCCUGGUGAAGUGAGCACACCUCACUUCUGUUUGAAGCCCACAUAAAAGAGAAAAUUUUUGUCAUUUUUCAGAAAUUGGCUUGUCCCUCCUGGAGUCUCAGCCCCCAUCUGGAGACAGUGGGGUCUGGACAUUCUCAUGGGUCUACCCCCCAGACAUCCAGACAGGGCUCCAAAUCCCAAAGCUACAAAGGUCACGGCUCUGCUGCCUGGUUUCUCACCUCAUUGUCCUCUGAUUUCAGUAAUGUGUUUAUGCAGCUCAAAUUCAGAGCAUUGCAAGGAUCCCCAAAGCGAAGGCUCCCUCCAGCCGCCUCCCCGACAGGGUAGCCCUCUCUCAAAUCCCUGGAGAGACAUUUUAUAUGCGUACAGGCAAGUAUGGAUCACACCCCUUCUUUCACCCAACAUUUUUUCCCCCCACAAAUGGUAACAUAUUCUACACUAGUUGGCACUUUGCUCAAAAAGUUAAAAGUCUGUCUCAGGACCUGAAGGGUCUCCAGUAUUCCCUUAUUGGGAGGGGCCAUGGUUACCUUGGUUACUUUGCAGCCCUGCUCUUAGCCCUGCACUGUUAUUGAUGUCUGUGCAUGUGGCGUUCUAUCUGGAGAAAAGGUCCCUAGAAGUAGGAUUGGUUCUCACCCUCAAGCCCAUUUCCCCACUGGACUGUUUUUCUUAUAAAGUUUUUCGUAUAUCAGAGAAUUUAACCUUUUGCCAUGAGUUGCAGAUAUUUCCCCCAGUUUAUCAUCUGGCCUUUGACUGCAGGUGGGCUCUCGGGACACUGAUCCAACUCUUCUUCAGAGUGUAUGUCCCCAGGCUCCCCCACUGUACAGUUACCAAAUUUAUUGUCCAAGCCUCCCACCUUUCCCCACCCCAUCUGUCUCAUCAUCUAUCUGAGCCCACUGAUGAAACACCACUCUGACUCCAAAUUAAGUUCCCUUCUGUACUUGGGUCUAUUUCUGAGCUCUUGACUUCAAUGCCAAGAGGUUCCCCAGAUUGUAACAUGGAGCUUCCUGGCACUUGGGAAGACGAAGGCAGGGGGCUUGCCCCCUGGCGCCCCCUCCAGCUGCUCCCCCCACGGGCCUCAGUUUCCCCCGCGCCUGCCUCCCCACUUGCCACAUGUCCACCCUUCUGGUCCUGCUCGCCUGAUGGGACCUUGCCUGUUGUGUCCACAGGCAGCUUGCACGCACCCCAGGACCUCAGAUGUCCCGAGUACGUCUGAGGAUGACGUGCCCCUUGCCAUCUCGAUGCUACCAGCGGUCAACAAAGUUGUCACAUUAGCUUAUGACUCAGGAUUUCCUGUUGGCACCAGACCUCUCCUCCCUGAGAAGCUUCUUCCAUCGCCACAAGCUCUCUGUGCGAUGCCCACCUCAACUCAACCAUGGCAUGAAUUGCAAGGUGUCUUGAACCUUCCUGAAGAUAAAACUGGCCAGUCAAAAAAGCAAUGUGACGGCAGGACCCUUCCACGCAUGGAAAAUCGGGUGGACUCUCAGAACUUGCUAGUAUUUCUCCAGGAGAAAACCAGACUUUUCGGGAAUGAACACCCAGACUGUAGCUCCAUCACCAGGUCAGGAGGGCAAGGGCAGGAACCGGACGCCCCCUGGCGCCCCCUCCAGCUGCUCCCCCACGGGCCUCAGUUUCCCCUGCGCCUGCCUCCCCACUUGCCACAUGUCCACCCUUUCCAGCGGGCGCUCAGCCUCGAAGAAGAGCAUGAGUGGCUUUGCCCACCAACCUGUGGGGCUGGGAUGCCCAGGUGACACUGCCCCUGAGUGUCCCAUUUAAGGAGCCAGCCAAGGAGAAAAAACAAGAGGAACAGCCAGGUGAUCCCAAGAGACAAAAUCUAGCGGAAUAUGUCAGAAAAAGGUGAAUGUUUGGGUCAGAAAGCAAAGAGAAAGUAAAAGGAGGGAAGGCACUGGAAUCCAACAAAAAUGGCCAGUCCUCUGUGUGGUGAGCAAAAGGGAUGAAACCACUGUCAGGAGCCGCAGCCAGCAGCAGGCACAGAUCCUCCCCCCGCUGGAAGCAGCCACCACUCAAGGCCAGAGUGCCCCAGAGGGGAACGGAACAUUCUGGAAGAAAGAAGCUGUCAUGAGAUCCAGUGGCCAGGCCGCCCCAGGCCAGGGCGGGGGGUGACCAGUAGUGAGAAGGCAGGAGUGGCACAAAUGUGCUCAGAAGAGAAGGAAGGCAGUCACUUCCUGCCCCACGCAAGGUGUCCCACAGGGCUAGGCUCACCCCUGACUGGGUCAGAACUGCAGGUGGGGGGACUGGGCUGGCACCCCCUUCCCUGUCCACUCUCCUUCCAUUUCUACCUGGGUCCUGAGGCAGCAGGAAGAGGGUCUAUAGGGCUGAACGCUGGAUUCUGAGGACACCCAGCACCUGCCGGCUGCCCUAGGGGUGGAUUUCCCUGUGGUGGGCGGGGCUGGGAGGCUGUCACCCUCUGGUUUUUCCUGGUAACUCUGAAUCUUUAAAAAAAAAAGUGGGGCACAUGACAGGCUAAUUAAAAUACAGAGGCGUGGAGAAGGACCCUGUUCCAGAAGCAAUGCCGGAGUUAACAGCCAGGCUCUCUGGGGAUGCUUUGGGCUUUAGUCCUUUGACCUUAAGAACUUCAAUUUCUAUUUCUUUGAACUUUAACCUAAGGUGGCAAAGUAAUUUAACUUUUUGAUUUGAAUGUCACCCUAGGAAAUUCAUGAUAAAGGGGAUUUCUGUGUUGACUUUUUAAUUGGAGUAUCUGUGUCUGAGGCGGUGCCCCAUGGGUCCCACAGGGGCAUGGAUGGAAUGGGGCCACCUGCUCCCCCUUGGAAACAGCUGGGGAGGCCCCUGGGGCCCUUUCCCUCCCACCUGGUCUCACCCACCACUCUGCUCAGCAAGUGGCAGCAAUACCUCGGAUCCACGAAUUGGGAAAAGACAGUGGGCGGCAGGUUUGAUCCAUCUCCCAAGGAUCUGGUUCCCCUUGCCAUGUGGGUGCCCAGGGGCGCCCUUGCUCUGGUUGGGGGUGAAAGCAGAGCCAGCCACCCAGCUUGUGGAGGACACUCUCCAUGGCUCCAGACCUCCAACAGGCCGCUGACCUCUCCUCCUUUGCCCACCCCCUCCUCCUCUUCCUCCCCCUUCUCAUCCUCAGUGCUACAUCCCUGCCCUGACCUCUGCCCUCUGGUCCCUGGAGCCCCACACCCAUUUUCUCUGCUGGAAAUGAACCCCCAACUAUUAUUUCAGGUUAAACUUUUUUAUUUCUUAAAGGGCUCCCUCUGCAUACCUGGGAAGAUGCAGAAUGUAUUCAGAUUGUGGAGGCAACAGGGAGCAGGAUGGGACCAGAGGGUGGGCCCAGGUGCAGCGGAGGGACACCAACCAGGAGCAAACAGGUGGGCCAGGCCAGCUCUGGCCCCGAGCUGGAGCCCCAGGCGAGCUUCCCCGCUGCAGCUCCCACCGAGGUGGACCCUGUGCUGCCCCCUGGGCUGCCCUGUCACCUCUCUGAUGCUGCUCCCCGGUGCUCAUCUUCCCUGCGGUCCCUGGAGGGGCAGCUGGGGUGGGGGUGAGGUGUCCUGGCCAGACCAGGACAGCAGCCCCUCGGUUUCCAAGGCUCCUCCAGCAGCCUGGCCAGUCAGGCUGGGGCUUGGGGGCUCACCUGGGCAGUGCUCUGGGUGCCCGCCGCUCCGCCUAGGGCAGGGUCAGCUUUGAGUAAAGGCAGGGGGCGGCCUCCCAAAACAGGCGGCUGGAGCCCUCUUCGGACAAAAGGUUAAGAGGGGCUCUCACUUUAAGUGGCCUUUCCCAAUUUCCCAAGCAAGUUCCCCAGACGUUACCUUGUGUUAUCCUCACAACAACCCUGCAAAGUAGGUGGUAGCGGCCCUACUUUAAGGGGAAACUGAGGCCCAGAGGGGUAAAGUAAGAGGCCUCCCCACAGUCACACAGCCAGUCAGUGGCAGGACCAGCACCCAUCCUCACCCCUGCCCUCCUUUCCAAGCUUUUCUUCCAAUUCUUCUUCUUAUUCUAUACUUUCCCCCUCCCCUGUCCUCUCAGAAGACAGGCAGGUGAAGGGCAUACGGCCGAGGCUCUGCCAGGCCUGUCUGGGACCUGAACCAGGGAUCACUUUGCCAGUCCCACCCCUCUCCUGCUCAGGGCUCAGGACAUGGCCUGUGCUCUGGAUCAGCUUGACCAGCUGUGUGUGCGCAGGAGAGGGUGUGGUGGGCUCAGCAGGGAGAAUUCUGCUAAGGGCCAAGGACCCUUUCCCAUCUGGAGGAGGGCUUUUUGGGGUGGGCACAAAUGCCAGGAACCUCCCUGCUGUGCAUAUUGCAGUGGAUGGAGCAGGGGAGUUAGUGUGUCCACACAAAAUGAGGCAAAAUUCAAGAGUCAGCCAGUGCUUGGCAGUGGUCAAAGGUGUCUGCUUCUCUCCCUUCAACUCCCCGGGGCGAACCUGGAGCCUAGCACUGCUGCAAUUACUCAGAGCAAAGGUGGAUUUUUCACAGCCAAGGUCAGCAGAGCUUAAGCUCCAGGGCACCUGUGUGCCUCUUCAGGGGUCCCAAACAUGCUUUCAACUUUCAGGUGCUUUUGAAAAAUUUGCAGAAGAUAUUUUUAUAAGUUGGUUGUCUCUUUCCACUGUAAAUUCCUGCUGUCACAAAACUGUGGGAGUAGCUGUGGGCAUUUGGGGUAUGGCUAAGGGGGAAGGUAAAAUUGGGGGAUCACUAAUGUGGGGUGGGGGGUGGCAUGGAUUCACAUGCUUUGAAGUCACUCCUGAGUCUGCUUAAAAUUACCAUCACUAUAUCUUGGUGCAUAAAUGGCUUCUGGGAUAUGCUUACUGCCAAAGAAGAGGUGGAAUUAUCUAUUUUCUAUAGGAAAUACUGUAAAAUCAUUGUCACAAAGAAAAGUAAUCAAAGCCUGUAGUCAAGAAAUACAGGGAAGGGAGUGUUUGAAAGGUGAAGGUAUGUGACAGUUAAUAAAGAUGUCAGGAUAUUU